AUGGCAUACCAAUAUCCUUUAUUUAACUUCACUACCCCACCUAACAUAUUAAAUCAGGAGAAUCGAUUAAACACUACAGAACAAUGUGUUCCCAAUUCUAAAGAAGAACUAAACAUCAUCGAAGAUUUUUUAAAUAAUUACUCCACGAACUUAGGAUACGAAGAUAGAGGACAGGCACCAUUUGGAUAUAAUCCGUACUUCUAUUACGAAAACCCAUCAAAGAAUUAUUCUUAUAAUAACUAUGGUGUUUCCAACUAUCCAAAGAAUAUGCCAGAAUUGCCUCCCACAAACAGUUUUGUACCUCUAAAUGCAACAGAUACUGGCAAUUAUUUUAACUUCAACCAGUAUCUUCCGGACGUUCCUACUGACAGUCUGAUUCCCCAAGAAAGACCAACGUACUUCCAUUAUAAUCAGCCUCAACCUCACCAAAAUCCCCUUACAUUAACCGCUGGUAAGCCUACUUGCCUUCCUCAAGAACCUCUUUUAAAGGUGGAUCCAAAACUCAAGUGUAAAUUUUGCGACAGGGUGUUUGCGAAAGAGGCCUACUUUACACAACACAAUAAUGCCCACCAUAACGAUAAAAAUCAAUUCCAGUGCAAGAUAUGCGGAAAGAAGUUCUUCUCGCAAAAAAUCCUAGACACACACGCGAAAAAACACAAAGGCAACAAACCGCACAAGUGCAACAUUUGCCCGAAACAGUACAAUUUCAAAUCCGACUUGAAUCGGCACAUGUUUGUACACUAUAAGACGAAGGUGAAACCUUACAAUUGUACCACUUGUGGUAAGGGAUUUCUACGAAAGGAUCAUUUUAAUAACCAUCAGUUGAGUCACGAGAGAAAAUCUAAGUUGUACAACAUGAAGAGACAAUAA